AUGGCUCCCGUCGCCCUAGGUACUUCGCCCGUUACGUCGAAGCUGUCGCCUCAGCAGCGCCGCUUCAGUCAAUCCAAUGCGUGCACCAGGUCCCUGGCUCAGGCCAUGAUCGGCCAUGCCCUUCAGACUCACAUCGAGAGCAUCGACCCCGACGAGUGCGAUGCUGGUGCCGAAGAUGCCUUCUUCGUUGCCGACCUCGGCGAAAUUUACCGCCAGCACAUGCGCUGGAAGGUUAACCUUCCCCGUAUCGAGCCCUUCUAUGCUGUGAAGUGCAACCAGGAUCCUAAAGUCCUGCAGCUUCUCGCCGCGCUUGGCACCGGCUUCGACUGCGCUUCGAAGACCGAGAUCCAGCAAGUCAUCGAGAUGGGCGUCGACCCGAUGCGCAUCAUCUACGCCAAUCCCUGCAAGACGGCCUCAUACGUGCGCUAUGCAGCCGAGGAGAACAUCCGCAUGAUGACCUUCGACAACCCAGAAGAGCUCUACAAGGUCAAGAAGUUCUUCCCCGACGCGAUGCUGUUCCUGCGUAUCUCGACCGACGACUCCAAGUCCCUCUGCCGGCUGAGUCUCAAGUACGGAGCGCCUCUCGACAGCACUGCCGAUCUCCUUCGCUUGGCCAAGGAGCUCGGAUUGAACGUCGUCGGUGUCAGCUUCCACGUCGGGUCCGGAUCGUACGACCCUACCGCAUUCGCUACCGCCGUUAAGGACGCCCGCAAGGUCUUCGAUGAAGCUGCCGAGAUUGGUUACGACCUGCGCACGUUGGAUGUCGGUGGUGGAUACGGGAACGACAACUUUGAGCAGAUCGCCAGCGUUUUGGGACCGGCGGUCGACAAGUACUUCCCGUCGAGCGUCCGCGUCAUCGCCGAGCCCGGCCGCUACUACGUCGAGAGCGCCUUCACGAUCGCCACCCACGUCAUCGCCCGUCGCACCGUGCAGGACGAGUUGAAGGCCGGUCAACAGUCCUACAUGCUGUACAUGAACGACGGCGUGUACGGCAACUUCUCGGGCAUCAUGUUCGACCACCAGAUCCCCGUGCCGAGGGUGCUGAAGCGCGGAUCCGAUUACCACUACAACUCACCGCCGACCCGCGGGGUGCAGCUCACCGAGUGCUCCGUCUGGGGCCCCACCUGCGACGGUAUCGACUGCAUCUCCAAGUCGUGCUUCCUCCCGGAGGUCUUGGAGGUUGGGGACUGGCUAUACUUCACUAACAUGGGAGCCUACUCCAAGUGCUCAGCCACCAAGUUCAACGGUUUCAGCGACGAUCAUCGCGUGAUCUACGUCGUGUCGGAGGCCGGAGCUCAAGCCAUGCUUGCCUAA